GUUGACUGAAACGUUCGAGGACCUUGACCGUGACUUUGGGUAGUUCAAUAAUAUAUUCAUCUGCUGCUCAAGGCCAAACCUCUGCCCCGUAAAAAACAAUCAAUUUGUAGUUGGUCUGAUCUGAACCAAUAUCAAUUAAUGGAUGCCUGGAAAGCCCAUAAAGCCUCCUCUUCAUCCUCACAAUCCUCCUCCUCAAAACGUUGGGAGUACCAAGUGUUCUUGAGCUUCAGAGGUGAAGACACACGCAAGGGCUUCACAGGCCACCUCCACGCCGCAUUAUCUGAUGCCGGAAUCCGCGCCUUUCUUGACGACAACGAGCUAGAAAGAGGGGAAUUUAUAAAAAACCAACUGGAGCGGGCAAUCGACGGGUCCAUGAUCUCCAUAAUUGUCUUAUCCGAGAGGUAUGCCGAGUCCAGAUGGUGUCUUGACGAGCUGGUGAAGAUCAUGGAGUGUAGAGAAAGAUUGGGGCAACAGGUUAUUCCAUUGUUCUAUAAUGUUGAUCCUUCAGAUGUCCGGAAACAAACUGGUAGUUUUGCACAAGCUUUUGAGAAACAUGAAGCAGGCAUCUGUGAAGGUAAACAUGAGAAAGAAAAGGUACAGCGGUGGAGAAAUGCUCUCACUCAAGCUGUAGAUUUGUGUGGGGAAGAUCUUAAAAAUGCUGACAAUGGGCAUGAAGCAAAGUAUAUCAACGAAAUUCUUGGGGUGGUUAAUAAGCAGUUGUACAGCAAAUACCAAUUAGACAACGAACACCUUGUCGGAAUUACUUCUCGGCUGAACGAUGUUGUUCGCAUGAUUGAUAUUGAAAAUUCAGGUUCCAAGGAUGUUGUUCGCAUGAUUGGUAUUUUGGGGAUGGGCGGCAUUGGAAAAACAACGCUUGCCAAAACCAUUUAUAACAAAUUUGAACGAAUCUUUGAAGGUAGGAGUUUCCUUGCAAACGUGAGGGAACCCAUUAAUGGUCUGGUUGGUUUGCAAGAGCAACUUCUAAAUGAUAUCUUGAAAAGCAAGGACUCCAUAAAGGUUGGCUCUGUUGCUAAAGGGAUCGAUAUGAUAAGAGAAAGACUUUGCUGUAAAAGAGCACUUGUCAUAAUUGACGAUGCAGAUGAUCUACAGCAACUAAAAGCAAUAGCUAGAACUCGUGAUUGGUUUGGUCCUGGAAGUAGAAUUGUUAUAACAACAAGAAAUCAACAUUUGCUAGAGCAAGUUGGAGUGGAUGGCAUAUAUAUGGCUCAAGAAAUGGAUGAAAAAGAAGCUCUAGAGCUCUUGAGUAGGCAUGCCUUCGAAAGUGGUUAUCCUAAUCAAGAAUAUCUUGACCUCUCAAAACGUGUAAUUCGUUACUGUCGAGGCUUGCCACUAGCACUUGAAGUUGUAGGGUCUUUUCUGAUUACAAGAUCCAUAGAGGACUGGGAAAGCCAUUUGGAGAAGUUGGAAAGAAGUCCUCCUGAAAAAAUUCAAAAAAUACUCAAAAUAAGCUUUGAUGGGCUACCUGAUCAGGAAAUGAGAGAGACAUUCCUUGAUAUAUCUUGUUUCUUUAUAGGAAUGGACAGGGACUAUGUAACACAAAUAUUAAAGGGAUGUGGCUUUGCUCAACCGAUAGGAAUCAAUGUCCUCAUUGAACGGUGCCUUCUAACUAUUAGUGAGCAAAACAAGCUGAUGAUGCAUGAUUUGCUUCAAGACAUGGGAAGAGGGAUCGUUUAUGAAAAUGCCCAAGGUGACCCUGAAAAAUUUAGUAGAUUGUGGAAACGUGAAAACGUAAUAGAAGUACUGAGCGAUGAAUCUGGAACUAAAAAAAUUGAAGGAGUUGCUCUACAUUUGGAUUUGGAUGUAGAUUCGAACAGAUUCAGUGCACAAGCAUUUACCAAGAUGAAAAAACUGAGGUUACUCCACCUCAGCAAAGUAGAGCUCACUGGAGACUACAAAGAUUUUCCCAAAAAGUUAAUAUGGUUGUGCUGGCGUUAUUUUCCUUUAGAGUCCAUACCAGAUGACUUUCCUAUGCAACCAAAACUAGUUGCAUUAGACCUGCAGGAUAGCAAACUCAAAAUAGUUUGGAAGGAUUGCAAGUUGCAUCAGAAUUUGAAAAUCCUUAAUCUCAGCCAAUCCUAUAAGCUAACAAAAUCACCAGACUUUUCAAAACUCCCAAAUCUCGAGGAAUUGAUAUUGCAAUUUUGUAUUAGUUUGUCUGAGGUUCACUCAUCCAUCGGGGAUCUUGGAAGACUUUCUUUGGUAAAUCUUGAAGGCUGCAGCGAUCUAGAGGAUCUCCCACUGAAUUUCUAUAAAUCCAAGUCUAUUGAAACUCUUAUACUGAAUAAGUGUAGGAGAUUUGUAAAGUUGGCUGAGGGCUUAGGGGACAUGGUAUCAUUGACAAUUUUAGAAGCAGAUAAGACAGGCAUCAGACAAAUUCCAUCUUCCAUGGUAAAAUUGAAGAAGUUGAGAAUUUUAUCUCUAUAUGGCUGCUGGCGGUUAACUGAGGAUGCAAUCCCUAAGGAUCUAUGUAGCCUAUCCUUAGAACAUCUGCUUCUUGUAGACAAUUACUUUCGUAGCCUACCAAGUCUCGCUGGUCUUUCAAAGCUCAAGGUCUUGUGUUUAAAUGCAUGCAGAGACCUUCGUGCAAUCCCAGAUUUACCAAAGAAUUUGUGUGUUCUGAAAGCAAAUGGCUGCCCAGAAUUGGAAACAAUUCCAGAUUUUUCAGAAAUGUCGAAUAUGAGAGAAUUGUAUCUCUGUGAUUCGUUCAAACUCACAGAGGUUCCAGGCUUGGAUAAGUCGUUAAACUCCAUGACAAGGAUUCAUAUGGAAGGCUGCACCAAUCUGACUGUUGAUUUUAGGAACAACAUCCUACAGAGAUGGACUUCUUGCGGAUUUGGUGGAAUUUAUUUGAAUGGAAUUUAUGAUAUUCCUGAGUGGUUCAAAUUCGUCAAUAAUGUGGACAAUUUCGUCUUCUUUGAAGUUCCUCAAAGAAACAUGGGUCGUGAUUUAAAAGGGUUGACGAUAUGCUUCGUUUACUCAAGAUUCUCAAGAAGGUCUUAUUGGCAUUAUCUAGAACUUGAAGAUUCUGAACGUCGUAUAGUCAUUAUUGUUAAAAAUUUUACCAGGCGAACUGCUUUGCACGCCAGGAUAGCAUCAGUCUCCUUACUUGAAGACCAUUAUCUUUGGCAGGGACAAUUGUCAAACGAUGUGCUCCGUUUGGAAGGCGGUGACCACGUAUCGAUUCUUGUAAGGCCUGAUAAUGAUUUUGUGAGAGUGAAAAAGACAGGAGUUCAUCUAGAAUGGGACAAAGUCAUGAAGGAAAAUAUGGAUCAUUUGUAUGAUUUGUAUAGAAAUCGGGAUUUUUUAGGGGGAGUUGAUGAGUCCAUUUCAAGAAAUUGUUGUCACUGAGACGAAUUGGGCAAGAUUUGAAGGAUGGACUUCAAAGGUUAACUGCUCUUGGAUUAUGAGAGACUUUAAUUUCGCCUCUUCGUUAAUACACUUUAUUUAACAAUUAUGACCACCAAGUUGCUCAAAAUUUUAGGUUCAAAUUGAUUUAAUUGCACAGCUAGUGGUGACAGCCCUAGCGUAGUUCUCUAA